UCUCUAUUUUCAUUGCUACGAUGGGUUAUACGUCGAAGCGAAGCCUCCUCCCAUCAACCCCUCGCGAGCCAAUAUUAUCGCGAUGGUUCGUAGAUCCUAGAAGGCGCCGCACUGCCACCCACUAAAAAUUCACACAGCGAAGCACCAGUCACCCUUGGACAUUCCUUGCGGGUGGAACGUUCCCGCAACCUUCCCUCUUUUCCUCCGUUUCAACGACGUUACUGCAAACCUCGCAUUUCCCUGCUCAUUCAUCUUUAUCUUCCUCCUUCGUAUUUACGACUCGUUCUUUCCUCGCAAUUUGUAUCGAUAAUGCUGUAUCGAUAAUAUUUAACAAAAUAUCGUUGGCGAGGGACCUUGGAAGAGCUUCGAAACGACAGCUCCAAAAACGAGGGUCCAACCAAGAUUCAGUGCAACGAUAUUUCGAUGACAAUUGACAAGAUUUUAGUAUCAUCCUCGAUAAAGCGAUGCGGCAAUUAAGCUCGAACGCUUCGGUGUGUUUGACGUUUCGUGGCGAAUCGCACUCGCGAAUUUAGGAUCGAAAAACCUACGUUUUGUUUAUACCGUUCUUCGAUACGAUUUUACACGAUGAUUGUUGGCAGAACGCGCUCGUUGACGUCAACUCGUCUCGUUACAGUCUUCGACCUUCGAUCCAGUAAAUAUUGAGAUUAAAAAAGGCGGAAGAUCGUGAAAUGUAGCACACCGAAAACGUCAUGUUGUGACCGACGCGCUCGUACGAACAACGUUUAAUAGAAAAAUAAAUCAUCCCCGCACGAGGAUCGCGAUUGACAGUUUGAGCGAUGAAUCGAGAAAACGACGAGCAGCGAGCGGUGUCCCAGACGCUGUGCGGUGCAUUGCAGAAAGAAGCGAAUUGCAAGUGUCUCGUACUUUCGGUGCUGAUUUAUGGGUGCCUCGCUGCUGUCACGUGGUGCAGAUGCGCCAAUGUCACUAAGGUCGUCAUAAAUUUCGAUAAUUAUCCAUUAAAGAGAACGGAGCACGUGUCACCGUGCGACGAGGGAUAUAUUUAUAUACCGGUUGCCUUCAUGGGUAUGCUUUAUCUCGUUUAUCUCGUCGAGUGCUACCAUUCACCGAUUCGUAUCGAUCUCUUCCACGCCGAGAGCCAGGACAAUGUCAUGACCAAACUGUCCCAAUUGAGGUUGGCACAGCCGACCAUUUGGUGGAAAGCUGUUUCCUAUCAUUACGUACGAAGAAAACGUCAGAUAACGCGAUACAGAAACGGCGAUAAUUACACGACUACGCAGGUCUACUACGAGCGAGCCAACACACACGCAGCAACCUCUUUCUACUUUUACGAAUAUUGUGGCGUUAAGGACAUAAGUAAGGAACUUACGACCGAGCCGAAAAUUCCAAUAACCAAGAUCACUCUCACCAAGGGUUUCGCAUUUUCGAACAUGAGAUCCGCUACCGAGUUCGAGGAAGCGAGAUCGAGAUUUUUCGCAGAGCAGGAACUGCGCGACGAUUAUAUGGAAAUGAGGGAAGGUCUUGAUCUGGGAUACAAUUUCAACCCAACGAGCGUCGUCGGAAUCCUCGGCAAUCCUUGGUUCACCAACUCCUACGUGUACUGGUGCUUCAGCGCUCUACUCCUCAGCUGGCCGUUGCGGAUAAUCAUAGAAUACAAUACCCAAUACGCCGACUACCAGGUGACGAAGCUCUUCGGUGUGAACUACGACACGCCUUCGAGCGGUGAUCAAAUUCACGAGUCUUCGAGCCAAUUAAGCGCACCGGGUUCGUACAUGUUGGCGCCGAGCUACAGCGAGGCGCUGCUCAUGGAUCCAUCGCCGAUGACAACGAACUGCCAAUCGACGGAGGAAUCGUCGAACGAAAAUCUCAACAGGGACAUCGUGCCGAGCUACUCGGAAGCUCUCCUCUACGAGAGAGCUCAGCCGGACUCGAGCUUCGAUAACAACGCGUUCGGGGAUGAUUUUUCGGGGAUUUGCGACUGCUACUGUCACGUUUCGUCGAUCGGUGAUCAGCCGAACGCAGCUGGGACGACGGGAGAGAAUUCGAGACGAGAAAACGCGAGAACCUCGUCGGCCUCCUGCUUGGAAAUCCGAGACGAUUACGAAGCGGCGACUUGUUCGAGAUGCGGGAAUAACAACGAGAGCAAUCGAACACCGGUGAACCCGAACGACGCGAAUCUUGAUCGGAACGCGCGGCGAGGCAAGAGAUUCAAUUCCAUGGAAAAUUCUUGGUCGUGCUACAUGAUGCGGGAACAGAAUCGCGGCUGUCGCUUGACGCGGGAUCUCUCAGCCCCGAAUUUCUCGACUCACUGUGAAUUCGCUGCACCCACGAACAAUCAAUUCCUUCGCCUCAAUGAAAACAGCUUGGAAAAUAUAUCGGAAAACGAAGAACCCGUUGACGCGAGCUCGGAGUCGAACGGCAGAGUGAAUCCCGAGGAUUCGAGAGCUCGACCGGAAGUCGAUGGCGUUACGAAGAAAUCGCUCGGUUGCGGAACAAUUCCGAAAUACAAAGGAACCUCUUCGAGCGGGGAAACCGUCGGUACCAGCAACGGCUACAGACUCAUCGAGAAUCCCAUGAUCGACGAUGAAACUCAAACGAGAUCGAGCGACGAGGAUCCCGAGGCGAAUAUUCCAAGCUCGAAAACAUACUUUUGUCUAAAAUCCAUUCUGAAACAACACCGACGAAGAUACACCCUCGUUACGGCCGAGGAAUUGGAGAAAUUUGCGGCCGACGAGCUCGUCCCCGGUGGCCCCGCGCGGAACGACAGAACGGCCAAGUCCUCGCGGGACAACAAACGCCCUCCGCUCUUCGUCCGGGAUCAUUUCUUCUGGAGAAACAAAGCCGACGGCAGCUCCGCUCAAUCAACCUCGUCUCUCGUGGACCAAAAAAUCCAGCGAGUAUCCUCCAGCAGAUCGCUGAUAUUCCCAAGUCCGAUAGAAGAAGCCUGUCGAACGAUGCCGAACGACCCGUUCGGUGGUAAAGCGGUGCACGUGAUGGCCUCGCGGAGCAUGGAAAAGCCGCCGGAUUACGACGAGGCGACGAGUCUUCCAAGAUUCACAAAACUGGCGAGAUCGCUGACGUCGAUACAGUACAAAAGUAUGUCGGUAGAUUCGCCGCAGCGCGUCCGCACCAAUCGUAUUCGUAAUCCCGGGGAGCGACGUCACCGUCGUAAUUUAAGCAUCGAGCCGGAAUACUUGAUGCACGCGUGUCGACGGAGCAAGAAAGUUGACGAGAGCGUUAAAUCCGAACCGGGUGAUUACGAGCGCGGGAUCGUCGCGAGUUGUUCGAUCGAGACCGAGGUCGAAACGCACGCUCCGAAUUCAGCCCCGAUGCCGAUACAAUUGAGGCGCAAUUUUACCCGCGGUUUCUCACUGUACGACAGUAAAACCGAUCGUAAAAAGAGAACAAAAUUUCUGCGGACCAGUCUGACGGAGACGAGCGAAAGCGCGUCCUCGUUCUCCUUCAACGACGAACCGAACGCCCCUCCUCUCGAGCCUAAUUCCUCGAGCUCCAAACGCUUCAAUCUCAGCAUGGAAACGUCCUUAUAACGUCCGCGAGUGUAUCGAACCGUCGAAACGGUCGUAUGAAAUAACGAAAUUAACGCGCGCCCUCGACGGAAGAUGCUCCGCAGAAUCUGAACGUUUGUCGAUUAGCCGAUCAGCUUCGUAAGCGUAGCGAGUAUAAAAGUGUAAAACGCUAUCGACGCGUACAUCGGGUCGCUGUAGAUUUUUCAAUAUUUCUUCCAUUCCAUCUUCCGACGCGAGUUCUCGCUGGCCAGCGAGGCUCUCGAUCGGUUAUUUCGAUCCGGCGCGAAAAAUCUUUGGGAAACGCGCACAAAAUGCGAACGCGUUUCAAACUUACGACGUUCUUUUUUAUAGUAAUCUUAUUACAGGCGUUGACCGGAAAUUUAAUGACAAAUUCCAGACGUCACAGACUCCGAUGGAGUCGAAAUUCGUUAACUUCGAACAAGUGCGUCAAGAGGGAUGAAAAAAAUGUAAAUUCAUCCCGAUAUACGCGCAUUUGAUGCACGCACCAGGAGUAUGUACUAUUUAUAUACGUCGUGACAACGUACCUGGAAAUAAAUGAGCGACAAGAGAUAAAAUUAAUACAGCCACCAUGGCCAAGGCUCUUCGUUCGAUAUUCCCGGUCGAAACUCCGAGCCCUGAUUUCAAAGGAACUUUGUUUUUCGCUCGGUUUUCUAUAUACAGCCCCUCGACCGUGAAUAUCGAUUAAAACGUAAUAUUGUAGCUACUCGUUUUUUGGGGGCUAUGAAGCGAGUGCGGGGUGGAGGGCUGAUUGCACAUUGCUUGCGAAAAGUUAGAUCGUGCACGGAUGGGCUUCUUGGCUUGCCUUUUUUCGAUUGAGAAAUCUUCGGUUUUACAGCGACGAGCGAAUCGAGGCUGCCAAUCGAAGGAAGAAUCGAAGUUUUUCAGUCGCUUUUCUUCAAUUUACUUCGCAACGUCAUUUUAGCGUCAAACUUUCGUGACGAUACUUCGGUGGCUUACGCGGAUAUUCGAGCCAACGAAUUUUCCAUGAAAUUACUCGACUGGAAUAUCGAUCCCCGUUUCGAAUAGCGCGCGCUCGAUGAGGCGAACAAACUUAUUUCUUCCCCUCAUUUUACCAGCUUGCGAAAGCGGUUUCCGUUACACUCGAUUAAUUCGUCUCUACAGCCGAAGCUUUCUCGAACUCGAUCGCGUUAAGUAGACUCUAAGCUUCGGAGGAUUAAGAAUUAUAAUAUACAAUAAAGAAGGAAAGAAAAUAUAAAAAGCAUACAUCGUAUAUGUUAACUGCGACUAGGAUCGGUUCGAUAGAGGGGGGGGCGAAUCGAUAGCUCAAUUUACUUUUAACGUACGACUACUCUAAUGCUUAGCGGUGGAUUUUCCUGAAAGUCUCGUUCGUAUUUAUUUAUACAAAUAAGUAUAUAUGCGCGUUUAGGAAUAUUAAAUGAUACGAUUAAGCGACGAUUUCGUAUAAAUAUAUAAGUAGAUGUCCACUCGAUGAAUAGUGAGCCCAAUUAAUACUCAAAUAUACACAUAUAUUUGUCAAAUUAUUUCUAUACAAAGCUUGUACUUGUAUUUUCGAAAAGAGGACAAACGGGACGUGGCGAGGGACGUGGAUUCGAGCAAAUUGACGCGUGCCUCGGUGGCAUUGAGAGUUUCGUUAACUUUUAAGUGAGCUCGAUCAAAAGUCAUCGAAUACUCGCACGAUCAAUAACGCGAUGGCACAUUCGAUCGAAACUUUGGCGAGAUUCGAUUAAUUAUUUUCGUCAUUGUACAAAUCGAAUUCGAGUGACGAUUAAUCAUGACCACUUUGUACUUACCAUUCCUACUGUCAAUUCGAGCUCGCGCGAACGAAUGAAGAAAAAAUUUUAAUAAGAGUAACCCACUCCGGUCCAUCACAAAACUCGCUCUGUACAGUGUGUCGCUAAUUCGCAGUGUAUUGUAACCGUGUACGGUACAGCCCUACUGAGCAAACGGAUCUUUGCAACGCGCGUAUAUAAUAUAAACUCGCGGACGGAAAAUUUUCAACGAAAAAACAUUUUUUUUCAGAUUUUCUCAUUGCGGGAGGAAUUUCAAUUGAAUUGGUAUUUAGUCAAUACCACUUCAAAGGUCAAGCCAACGCUCUCUUUCGUAAUAAAUUGAUACGCGAACUACGAAUGACAAAAAGAGAGGCUCAGUUGGACAUGAAAUUUUCAUUUUGUUUGUAGACUAUAUAUAUAUACUUACGAUUUGAAUUAGACGUCAGAAUAACAAGCAUCCUCUUUACGCCUCUACUCCAAAACAACUCUGCUUCUAAAAUCUUUACUCCAAAAAAUUCAUAACGACUCUACGUCUACUCACGUACAAUCCACAAUCUUCGAUGUCUCUACUCACCAUGAGAUAUGCUCUGAAAUCAUCAUGAGUAGAGAUAUUGGGGCUUGAAUAUCACACCGGAAUAGAUACGUUAAGGAGGGCAGACGUUCUCUGCGCAGAUCCGCAGUUAUUAAGGAGCGAAGUUGUUAUCGAGAAUCGCUACCGAGAGAGUUGUUAACUAGCAGCUAUUUAUACUCGUCGCAGCUCUACUCGAUAACAACUCCGCUCUUCGAACAUGUAUUUAGAGGAGAGCAGAAUCGUUGACUCGCUGCAACAUGACUCGACUCUUAUAAAUCUACUCGAUAACAUUUCCACUCUAAAGAUUUUUAUUUAUGCACGAAUAACGUGUCUAGGCGGAUGACACAGAUUAUUGAUGACAAAAGAAGGAGACAUAUUGGAUUGUAUUGAUUUAGCAAAUUUGAGAGUAGGGCUGUUUGAAGCAGCGUUGUUUUUAAGUAGAGCCUCAAAGAGGACGGUUGUUAUUCUGCCGAUUAGACUAUGAAAAUUGUGAUACUAUUGCGCAUGCCAUACGAGAAACAAAUAUCUUCCUUUAACCAUUUUCGAAAAUUAUUUUAUCUCAUGAAUUCUUCAAUAUGUAAUAUAUAUAUUUAUAUUUAUAUGCGAUCUAAUGAACUUGGUUAUAACGACCUUCGUGACGUUAAUUAUUAACGAAAGAAAGAAUUAUUUAUCGAAGAUAGCGAAUGUUUGGAGCUGUUUUUUCGGUUGGACUAUUAUAACGAGUAACUUUGCUGUGAAGAGUUGAAGUACGUUUUCCCCCAAUGAUUUCUCGAUAUUCGAUCACAACGUUGUGAUCAUAAUGAUUCCAAAUGUCUCGAAGGUAUAGAAGGCGAGAAAUAGUAGAUCGAUAGGUAGAAAUUAUGAUGGAGAAGGAUUACGAACGCAGAUCAUAAAUGCUUUUAUACAAUCAAAGUCUUUCCAAACUGCCAGUGUCGCGUAGCGGUGAGAAUCCUUCGUCAACGAUUAUAUACGGACGAGUAAAAAAAAUAUUGAAAAAAAAACCGGUACCCACAAGAACGGUAUCGUUUUUGUUUUAUAUACACUUGUGGUGAGCGGAAAAAUCGAAAAUUGUUUUAAUUAGAUAUUCUUCAAGUGCAAUGUCUGAAGAAAAUUCUCAAAAAAUUUCAUAAUUAUCGGCCGUACGGUGCGCGCGGUCAUCUAAUACUUGAAUCUUCAAACGCGAUUAUCUCUCAGAAUCGUGUCUUUUUUUAAAAAUACCUUUGCGACAGACACGAUUACUACUAAAACCUAUUGAGCCGAUCCAUACGAAAUUUAUACCACUUAUUUAUGAUAAUAAUAGCUAGGAGCUGGACGAAGGAUUCCGUAUUUUUUUGGAAAAAACAAAUUGUAACAAAAAAACCGAAAAUUUAGCAUCUCCAAAAAUGAAUUUUUUAUUAAAACUGUCGCGAUUUUUUUUUAAAUCGAAAUUUUCACAAAUCCUUCGUCCAGGUCGAAGCUAUUUUUAUAAUAAACAAGUGGUACAAAUUUGGUAUGGAUCGGAUCAAUAGUUAUUCAGUUGUCACGUCCACCGCAACUGAUGCUGAAAAAAGGGUGCUACUGUAGCACAGCCGGAGUUCCGCCGUUGUGAGAAAUUUUAUGAUGAAAAAAAUUGUACAAGUACACGAACAUACGUACUAACGAAUAUCGUUAACAGAUUUUCAACAAACAUUUAUUUUCUUGUCGAAAAAAAAUCAAGAAAACCACGUUUUUUCGCCCACUGCAAGUGUACAUAAGGCCUUAAACAAAUAGCAAAUGAUUUAGAAAGUAACGCGCGUGUGCCGUAUGAAGAGUAAAAAUAAUGUUAAUUCGGCUUGUAUACGCGUAUUUACGAGGAAGAAAAACGAAGAAAGUAGUCACUGAUAGGAAAAUUCGUACAAAUUAUAAGAGAUGCGCGCGAGAGCGGAUUGAGAGAUGCAUGAAAUUCGUACACUUGGAGUACUUCGCCUCAAGUCGGACAAUCGAGCAUUUUAGGAUAAGAUUCAUUUUUUUCUUCGAGCCCUUCUCGGAUCGCCAAACAACCUUUUUUUCUUCCUUCCGGCAUAAAAAACGAUUAUACUGUAUAUCGUAUAUAAUCGCAGAUGCGUAUACUCAAUUGUAGCUUUAAAAUAACACGUAAAAUGUGGUAUUAGCGGCGUUGCAUCAACGACACGAAUGAAUUUUUAGUUUUUACAAACUUAUUGCAAAAUCGGGAGAGUUAAAAAUGUGCUCCGUUCCUGUGUUCCGAAAAAAAAAAGAAAAAAACAUUCUAGAAAGAAUCUCAUUAAUGAGCGACGCUCCUAAGUCUCGUGCCAUUAAAAGGAAAAAAAAAAUAACAACAAUUAAAUGCUCACCGAAGCGUAAUGCGCCGUCUUGAACCAAGUGCACUUGUAAAAUUAUACAUAUAUUAAUUAUGAAUAAUAUAUAUAUGUAUAUAAAAAUAAGUUGAAUCGAGAAAUUCCAAUUGUCGUAGAAAACUUCGUGAUAGCCAAAACAAAAGUUAUUCGGUUAGCACGAAUUGCUAUACUCGCGCAUCGUACCGACUAUUCAUGCAUGUGUGUGCGUGUAUGUGUGUGUGUGUGUGUGCGAUUCGAAUGUAUAAAAUCUAUGGAGAAAUGUAAAAGUGCUUGUGCGCGUUGACGAGAAACGAGCCAAUAAAUGGUGUCGGAAUUGGUCGUUUAGUCGAAUUCAGAGACUCGAAUUGUUAACCAUUCAUAAGUGUGUAACAUUAUGACGCUACUUGAGGCACUUGUGAGGCAUUUAAUGUCGACUGGAACUACGUUCAGUCUCGCUUGUUCCUAUCCGAGAAGAUUUUUUCUCGAAUGUACUACCAAAAUAUCAUGUCCUUUCAUUUUCAUCAAUGCAUCCAUUUAUAAACAUAAACAUUGAUUCGAAUUUAGAACAAAAGUUCAUCUCGUUCGAGAGUCAACCCGGUCAAUCUCAAAAAUACGAAAAAAACAUUUCGAAAUAUUUUCCUCCCUAAAAAUCAGUCCCUCACGAAUUGCGAGGUUUUUACACAUUAGACUUAAUUCGCUAAAAUUCUCGACGUAGAAACGUAGUUGCGUUGUUCGCCCGGAGUGCCUCGCAUAUAUAUGAAUAAAUGCAUAAAUUGUUAAGUGUAUUUACCGAAACGAUAACGCGUGUAAAGAUAUCGCCCUGUCCUAUGAUACGUUAUUGUUAUUGUUGUUACCUAAUAUAUUGCUAUUAUAACGAAUACUGCAGAGAUGAGAAUGAGGAAACGUUAUACAUUGAUAUUGGCAAGAGGGUGAGAUGGUGGAAUAAAAGAAAGAAAAAGAAAGAAAAAAUACUAGAUAAAGCCAUAAAUUAAUCGUAAUCCAAUUAUAAUAAUUCUCCGAAAAGAGUAAUUUCUAAUGAUUUUUAUUCAUUUUCAAAGCUUGGCCGUUAGGAAUGUGCAAAAAAGAAAGAAACAUUCCGCAAUUAUUACUCGAUUCCUUUGUCGCUCGUAUAUUUUUCGAAAAAGACACAUUUUUUUACAUAACGUGAGACACGUGACAGCCUGCAAUAUGAAUAAUAAUAGUAAUAAUAUUAAUGAUAAUGAUGUAUGUACUCGUACAUAUGUAAACAAUAUAGAUUGACACACGAACUGAUAACUACGUUUUAACAUACAACUUUAAGUAACGAAGAUUCAAACACAGUAUAUUCUAUAAUUCUUAUAUGUAUGUUACGCAGUGUGUUGGGCUACCUUCCGAAACUGACAAUUCAUCCACAAUUGAUUUAUAGUACAUCUAUGCAUUUUAUAUUAUGCCUCUGGCCUUUGAAUUUUUGCGAACGAGUGUGUCUCUGCGUGUGUGUACGCGUGUGUUGACUGGGUUUUUUUUUCGGUGUAAACGUAUACUUGACUUAUUCGUAAAAAUAUUUAUGCUUAGGAGGUGAUUUGACAAAUUGGCCACAGUGAAAUUGUCUUACAAAUUCAUUAUUUCUCGAUUAGAAACGAGCCCUCGCUCCACUUCGGUUUUCGAAUGCCAAUUUAACUACAGGAAUGCUCGACAAUUUCGAUAAAUGAUUUCUAUUCGACUCGCGACUCGAGAGAGUACAAUUGAGUAAAAUGAAAUAUUCUGAACAUCUUUUGGGAGAUUGAGAGUGCGUUUUUUGUUUGUAGCCAAUAGACAAUUUGAGAUGAGAAACUGAAAUAUUGAUUUUCAAAAUUUAUUCGUGAUAUUGUUGAUUCUUGCUUCAUUCAAUAAAUAAAAAUAAUUCUCGCUCUCGCGUUCCGAUA